UUAAAUAUGAGUGGAGAAAAAAGAAAAAUUGACAUUACCUUAGAUGUGAAAUAUAGUGAUUUUACAGAACACAAUUAUUCUAAUUGUGAAAUACAAUCCUUUGAUAACAGUGAUCUGAAAUAUGAUUAUUUUUUUAAAGAAUACUUGUUACGAAAUAUUCCUUGUAUCAUUAAAAAUAUAACUAAAACUUGGAAAUGUUCCCAAUUUUGGAUAAAAGACGAUGAAAUAAAUUAUGAUUAUUUUAUUGAUCAUUAUGGUGAAUUAGAGGCUCCUGUUGCUGACUGUGAUAAAAUUAACUAUAACACUCAGUGUAAAUGUGAUAUGAAAGUAAAAGAUUACAUGAACUAUUUAAAAAGUAAGAGUAGAGAAAAGCUUCUUUAUCUGAAAGACUGGCACCUUAGGAGGCUAAAACUUGAUGACUACUUUUACGAAGUACCAGAAAUAUUUGCAUCUGAUUGGCUCAAUGAAUAUGCUAUUGACAAUCAUGAUGACGACUUCAUGUUUGUUUAUAUUGGAGCUGGAAAUACUUGGACACCGUUUCAUGCCGAUGUCUACACAUCUUAUAGUUGGUCAGUUAAUGUAGUUGGUAGAAAGAAAUGGAUUUUACUACCACCAGGAGAAGAGGAGAAAUUAAAAGAUCCUUUGGGAAAUUUACCUUUACUUUUUAAUCCUGAACAGUAUGAGAAUAUAAGAUAUUUUGAAGUUAUUCAAGAAAAAGAUGAUGGAAUUUUCGUUCCUUCUGGAUGGCACCAUCAAGUAUCUAACGAAAUAGAUACUAUUUCAAUAAACCAUAAUUUUGUUAAUGCAAGUAAUAUUGAGAUUGUAUGGAGAUCUUUACAAAGAAAUUUAAAUUCAGUUGAACAUGAAAUUGAAGAGUUUAGAGAAACCCCAGAAUUCACAUCCCAAUGUCAACUUAUAUUAAAUUCUGUCUUUGGUAUGGAUUUUGAAUCAUUUAUAAAAUUCAUCAUUCAUAUUGCUCAAAAGAGGUUAAACCAUGUAAACAAAGAUAAACUUGUAUUAUUCAAUACUUAUCAUUUUCAAAAAAACCAUAUCAUUUUUGAUUUAAAAAAUAUUUUAAAAAUAAUUAAGUUGAUAAAAAACCAUUACCUAUUUCUUAAUAAUAGUCUAUCACCCGAAUUAGCACCAAAUUUGUUGAAGAUUGAACAUUAUAUUAAUGAAUCGAUAGAAUAAUGAUUAUUAAUUAUAAAUGUGAAUUGGUAUGAGCAUAUAUACAAUUAUUUUUAAUAA